AUGCGGCUCGAUUCGGCUAAAAAGGAGGAGAAGCCAGAUGCAGCCUUGCAGCUUGCGUCAGAGGAGUUGGUGUGGUUUCGGGACCAGGGCCACAAGCGGGGCCAGGCCUCCAUGUUGUUGGCCAUGGCACGCGUGAACACCAGCGGCAAAAGAGGUGUUAAGGACCGCGACCAGGGUGUUCGACAGGCCAAGGAGGCGCUGAAGAUCUACCGGGAGCUGGGCGACAAGCCCAUGGAAGGCGCUGUGCUGCUAGUCCUUGGCGAGCUUUAUGUCUUCGUCAAGUCCUUCCAAGAGGCGAUAGGUGCCGCAAACAAGGCCCUUGCCAUCUUCGAAGAUGGCGAGGAUUCGCGGUCCGAGGCACGCGCCCUGCACCUUCUAGCGGAGGCCAGGUUUGGCAACCGCCAGAUGGAAGGCGGCAAGCAGGCCGCAGAUGAUGCAAUAGCCAUUUGGACAGAGCUCGGGCUCCGGCGGCAAGAGGCCAUUGAGCACCUGUCCAUAGCAAGAUGGCAUGCCGAGGAGGACUUGUUGAGAUCCCAGGGUCGCAACUUGGGCUAG